CUAGGUUUCAACACAAUUUCGUUCUGAGGCAGUUACCCGCAGGGAGCGUUUUGCACCAGUUUGUCUAGGCGUUCUGCUUCUUACCGGUGAGAGGAGAUGAGUUCAUGCCAGUAUCCUCUUCGCCUUGCGCUUUCGUCUCUUUUUUUUUUUUUUUUUUUUUUUUUUUUCUAGUUCGUCGUGUUAUUUUGUCCGUGUGGCUAACUAAGGUCACUUUGUUAGCCCGAUGCUCUGACUUAAACAUUCUGGUCCUUAACGAAGGAUUUUACCAUGGAGAUGUUUGGUUGGGAUUGAAGUAUCUGCCGAUCCUACGCACCACCAGGUACUGCCCACAUUUCCCUCGUCUGUUGAAUAUUUUAACAAUAACAAAAAGUGGUGGUGGUGGUGGUGGUUUCCAGCACGGAUAGCUGCAGUCUCUCCCAGUCCCUUUGCUUUUUCCUUGUCUUUGUGUGUUUGUGUGUGUAGAGGUAAGGGCGAGAGUACCUUAGUAUCAGUAAGCCAUCCAG